AUGCGGGGGGGCCUGACGCGCGGUGGGCCCCUGCAGCCAGGCUGUCCGUCCGGCGUCGAUGCGCCGCCAGAGCGCCCGCCGCGCGUCAGUCGGCGGUCGCUGUGCGCGACAGCCAAUCCACAGCCCUCCACGAACCCCCCAGACCCCUCCCCUGUCAGUUGCGAGUCGCGAACCGUUGGCCUCACUUGCUCAGUUUUGACCGGCCCCUGCGCGUCCCUCGACCGCUUCGGUGCGCGAUUCUCCGGCGCUUUCUACCGCGGAGACGAAGAUCGUGCUUUCCCGCCAGCGCGAGAGACCUUUCGAUCUCGCAUACCGCACCUUGGCCGGCCCAACCACCUGGAGCAACGAACUGCGCCGCCCGCGCGCCCCAGAGGACCUGCCGCCCCGUACAGUCGCGCAGCGCACCACAGACUACCACACAGCGCCAUGAUGUCGACGACGCGCGCCCGCGCGCGCCGCCGCACCGACGAGGGCCUUACUUUUGGGUUUGGGCGCGUGGAGCUCAUCGUUACCCUCGUCGCCGUCGUCUCGCUCUUCGCCCUGGCGUAUUCCAUGGGCAGCCGGAACGCCAAGUUCCAUGCGAGCUUCAACCCCAGCCCGUCCCGCACGGUCGGCCCUGCGUCGGGGCACGCCCAGGCGCAGGCGGCGCCGCCGCCGCCGCACCAGCUGCCGCUGCUGCAGAAAAUCAUCAACGAGGACCGUCGGCGGCCGCCGCCGAAGCCCGAGCCGCGCUUCUGGUCCGGCGAGGACCCGCGCCCGGUCGCGCACCUGCACGGCAAGGACGGCAGUCCUCUGUCGUUCCCGUUCCUGCGCACGCGCUCAGAGAUCCCGGCGUGGCUGGAUUCCCUCGGCCUGAAGACGGGCGCGGAGGUGGGGGUGUUCCGGGGGGAGUUCAGCAGGACGAUGCUCCAGGGCUGGACGAGCUGCGAGCGCUACAUCAUGAUCGAUCCGUGGGCGCCGAUGGCGAACUACUUCGACACCACGAGCAGCAACGAUGCGAGCGCCGCCGACGACAACGCCGCCGCCGCGAAGGCCGCGGUCGCCGCGUUCCUGUCCCCGCAGCGCGGCGCGGGCAGGCAGCUCGCCGGCACCGGCGCGGUCCGGGCUCCCGCGGCGGCGGACGCCGAGAGGGCCGUGGACGUGCAGAUUCGCCCGGUGCGAUCGACGGUGGCGGCGCAGGAGCUGCGGGACGGCGAGCUGGACUUCGUGUACAUCGACGCGCGGCACGACUACUGCGCGGUGAAGCAGGACCUCGAGGCGUUCUGGUCGAAGGUGAGGUGCGGGGGGGUGUUUGCGGGGCACGACUUCUUGACAGACUAUGAAAUGAGUCUCCUGCAGCGCAACAACGAGGGACUCCAGGACUGGAGCCGCUGCGAGGACGGCUCGCGCCACCGCUGGGCCGUCAAGGGCGCUGUCAUGGAGUUCCUGUCAGGCGUCGGCCAUCCGGUGCUCCAGACCCUGGACGAGUGGCCCACGUGGUACACCGUCAAGCAGUGCUGA